CGCCUGUCCUGUUGGACUCGGCAAAAUGGCGUUCGUCGGAUCCAGAGUGCUCUGCAGGAGUUUGCAGGUUGUGCGGCUUAAUUCACCACUGUUAAGAGGGGCAGUGCGGGCAGAAUGUGUCCAAAAACACAAUCAAGCUGGAGCCCUGAUAGCUCGAGGGAUGGCCGGUGGAGGCGGAGGAAAGAUGUUUAUCAAAGCUUCCAGGUACACGGAUCUUAGGUUUCUCCGAGCUCUGAGAUACUACUUCUUACUCACUGGUGUACCUUUAGCCAUUGUUGUUACCUUUGUCAAUGUAUUUAUAGGAGAGGCAGAGUAUGCAGAGAUUCCUGAGGAUUAUGUACCAAAACAUUGGGAAUAUUACAAGCAUCCAAUCACAAGAUGGCUUUCAAGAAACUUCAUAGCCAGUCCACAGCAGGAGUAUGAGAAGAUGGCCCACUACAUGGAGAUUGAAGGAGAGAAGAUCAAGGCCAGGAGCGAAGAAAAAGAGGUCAGACGUCUGAUGAGGUCAAGGGGCGAAGGUCACUGGUAUUACUACCCCGUAGCGACCCCACCCAACUGGAAAUCACAAGAAGAGAUGAAGGAAUAGAGCUUGCAAUUAUUUCACAACAUGGGCAAUUCCAUAGAAUGUGUUCAUCUUGCCUUAUUUGUGGAUGCUCCUAUGUCUUUAUUUUCUAGGUCUACAAAAUCUCUUAUGUGCUCUAAUAACUUGGCUUGAUCGGUUCCUGGUGGGUGUUUUCAAAAGCUGUUUUUAAGUUACAAGUGACUUUACAAAUGAUGACUGGUGAUCCUUUCUUGAGGUAAACUAUGUCACCAAUUUUCAUUGAUGUUGAUUUGGCUCCCAAAGGAUCACCAGUUUGUAAAGUGGCUCGUAUCUUAUGAAUUGCUUUAUGAAACACCCGCCUGAAAGGAUGUGAGAGUUGCAAAAAAAUGUGGGUCGGAUGUACAAAAAGGUUUAUUACCUAAUGGAAUUGCCCAUGUCUUAAAUUGAAAGUCAAUAAAUUGUAAAUAGGAUGUUUUAUGAGUGAGGAGGGGUUAUAUUCAUGACUUCAAAGCAUGGUCAGAAGAAAAGUUGUGAAAUGCAUAGAUGCUUAGGAAGGGGGUUCAUAGGUCGAAUCAAGGAUCCCCUAUGAGUUGGACCUCCUGUGGCACAACUUUUUCUCUCAACUAGCUAUGGUACUCUGUAUCUGGUACAAGUAUUUGGUUUCUGUUCAAAGAAAGUGACCAAAGACAUAGGCAACUUGUCCAAAGUCUAUGCUUCGUCUUUUAGCGGAAUCCCACUAUGAGAAUGCUACAGUGUAUGUAUCUUUCGAUUGCAGCUGUUGUGCAGUCCAAGUUGUUUUGUAUGUUGACUGAUAUUCUAGAAAGAGUUUUGGAAACUCAUGAUGGACAGUUUAUAUUAUUAUGGUCAGAAUAUUAGGUUGUGGGGAAGAAAAUGGACUUGUGGUCUAGAAAAAAAAUCAAAAUUCAUAUAACUGAAAACUUUCCUUGAGGGUAAUGAUAUUUUCUGCAGGGACUUGCUAUUCAAAUUAGGUUACUUGGAUACAGUGUGAAAUCUGAAACAGCUCUGACUAGUAGAACAUGUUGAAUUAAUGUGCUUUAGAAAACAGGAAAUGCAUGUAUGAGAAAUUGAAACACAAGUCAAACCUGGAUUGUAAUUGCAAUGUUUUAGUAUGAAAGCCAAUUUUGCAGCAUUGCACAACACUAGAUUGGAAAUAUGAUGUUUGCACUCUGUCACGUUUAAUUUAUGCAAAUUUAUAAUCACAUGGUUUAUAAGUACUUUGGUGGGUACUUAUCCAGAUGACAGAUAUUGUUAUAUUGUGUUCUCUAAUUCAACAACAGAGACUACCAAAUAGCAGCCCCACCCACAUUGUUUCUUGCUGUUUUCUCCAUAGAUGACCAUUCCAAUAGUUUCAUUAAAACCAGUGCUGAGAGACUGGUCUUUCCAUUCUAGUUCUUGGUUUACAAAAAAAAACACGACAAUUAAUUGGUUUUGAAAGGACAGAUCAAAGGAGCAUUUGUCAUGUCGUAUCCUAACUGUACCAAGUUGGAUAUCAUCUCUGAACUCAUGGUGCUGAGUAAAAGAGUACCCUCUAUUGGUGAAAGUUUGUCAUGUUUAUCUGUUGUCAGUCAGCAGUGUACUCUUUGAAGAUGGUGGUUCAGAUUUUGGAGUGAGACUGGUCAUGAAUAUUAUCCUUUAUAACUAUUGAUAAUAAACUUUGAUGAAAAUGCC